GUGAGGCGUAUUGGUCAGAAUGGAGUGACUGGGGCAAAUGCCAGUGUAAUAAAGAGUUGCGUACGCGUCGAUGUGAAUAUGACAACACAAAUCCGAUGUCAAAAGGAUGUUCGGGUAAAAGUUAUGAAGUGAGGGAAUGCUUUGACGGUUUACCGUGUCACACCACAAGACCACCGCCAAUACCACCUUCUCAUCUUCUAUGGCUCAAUAAACGCAAGGGGCAUUCCGAUCAGAAAUCCUCCUCAUCGUCAGACAACAACAAACUUUCGCUGAAAGCCAAACGACCAACAUCAUCGCUCAAAACA